AUGAAACCAGCAGAGAUCAGAUUCUCUCUACAGAGAUCUCCACAGCACAGAGAUCCAGGCAUGGCACCUAAAAUCCUUGCAGCACUUAGCAGUUCUGAGGAGCAUCUGACUCUGACUCACAAGCUCAGAAAGCCUCUGGUGGAGAAGUUACGCAGAGAGCGAAUCAACACCUGCAUUGAGCAGCUCAAGUCUCUUCUGGGUCCAGAGUUCCUCAAACAGCAGCCAGACUCCAAACUGGAGAAAGCAGACAUCCUGGAGAUGACCGUUUGCUUCCUGACACAGCUACAGCAGCAGAGAAACCUGCUGACCCACUCCAACAAGCUGCAGACUGCCUCUGAUAAGAAGCUGAAAGAGGCUGACUUCUCUCCUCUGAGCUCCACAGUCCAGAACAUGAUCACCAAAAACAAAUGUCCAAUCAACAGCGCCCUCUGGAGGCCAUGGUAGACACUACAAAGUGGAGUUAAUACCAAGAAAAAAAAAAAGAGCAUAUUGGUCAAACGUGACAGGACUGAAUUAUUUGAACUUUGUGUUCUUGUGUGUCUGUAAGACGACAUUUCCUGAGGAAAUGACAGCAAUAGAGCCUUUCGUGUUAAGGAAGAAAACAUCUUGUCAUGCAUGUAGCAUGAAUGAAAUC